AUGAUUUACAGAAAUGUAAAUGGAGGGUUUAAAGUAGCUUUCACAAGAAGAAAAUGUAAAAGCGGAUAAUUCUAAUUUGAAAGAAUAAAUAAUGAUCAAAAAUUUGGCUAUUCAAACAUUAAGUCACGUGAAGAAAAAUCAACUUGGAUUAAUCGUAUAUCCAUUUAUAAAUUUAGAUUUAAUUCCUUUAAAUUAAGAAGAGACCUUAAGAUAUUUUCUCAAAGUAAGAAAAAGGGUUAAAAAUGCCAGAAUUGUCCUUAAAAGAAUUUAUGAUUUUGCUUAUACUUAAAGCUAAGUAAUGAGUAGAGCCUUCAUAGAUAACUUUCUACAAAAUAGAAAUAAUAGAUAGAAAUUAGUCCUGAACGAUUAGCAUAAGGAUUAAAAGCAUGACAUUAUUGAAAUCGAAUAAUAUUUAAUUUCAUUUAAAGAAUGCAUCAUAUUCCUGUUUAUAGACCUGUACAUUCACUUCCUGAUUUUGAAGCCUAUAAUCCAGAGGAAUAUACAGAUGUAAAGAGGCAAUCUGAAUAACCUAUAAAGAAUAAAAGUAAUCGAAUUCAUUUAAUGGAAGGUUAUAGCAUUCCAAAUUUUUAUCUGGAGCCAGAUUAAAUUGAGUCUCAUCUUAAAAGAUAAGUUGGUGGAUACAUUAAAGGUUAGGGUGGUAGAAAGACAAAUGCAAGGAGAAUGGCUAAAAUUAGUACUUUAAGAAAAAAAGAAAAGUAUACCUAUUAGGCUAGAUAUGGUAUUCAUAAAUGA